UCCUCCGACCUAAAAACGACUUUCUAGCUGACUAAGUGACUGCUGCAGAGGUGACGAGUGUGUAUCACACUGUCCAACACGCUACAUCAUAUCGAGCAGGAGGUUGUGGCACAAAGCUAGCCCCAACGAUUUAUCCAGACUCGGACAUUGCCAAGAGGAUGGCCUGUGGUCGGACGAAGGCAGAAGCCAUUGUCACGGAUGUACUUGCCCCUGCCUCCGUCGAAGAUUGCUUGAAAGUCCUCAGAAGACCACUGAAUGAGCAACGAGCACAACCAAAGGUAAAGUUAAAGUUAUGUUCAUGGAUGUAACAUUGUUGUGUGUUAGCUAUUUGUGUAACAUUAGCUAGCUAUUGUUAGCUAAUCAUCUUCUUCUGCUGGUAUGUUAAAAGUCAACAUUUCACUAUUCGUUAUCUCCCAAACUAAACAAAACUAUAAUUUUUGAAAAAGUCUAAAUAUUUCUAUAGAUCAUAUUUAUAUAAAAUCAAUAAUGAUCAAAACAGUAAAGCAGUAUCUUUUAUUUUUUAUAAUAAUCCGUUUUUAGAGAAUCUCUUUUAAGUUCACCCCAUCUGUGUGUGUGUCCCCACAGCCCACACGCCAUUCUUCUCAGUGGCUUCAGACGCCUCCAAUCAUGGGACCACCAAGCUCUUCCCACUGUCAGUGCAUUACUGGACGCCAGACUUGGGAGUACAGACGAAGGUCCUUGAUUUUUAUGAUGACAGUGAUGAAACAUCUGCCGCGAUCCACAACCAGAUAGUCACCAAGCUGGAGGAAAACAGACUGGGUCUAGACAUGAUAUCUGCGUAUUCCGCUGACAAUGCUAGUGUGAAUUACGGGAGAUACAACUCUGUCUUCCAGAAACUGAAAGAGAACAAUUGCAUUUUGAAGGCAAACUUUGUGGCCCACAUCGUUCACAACAGUGCAAAACACGCAGGAGAUCGGCUUAAUAUCAACAUUGAAAAUGUCGUUAACAAGACCUUUAGCCACUUCUCCUCAUCUGCCAAACGCACUGAGGAACUUAAGUCAAUUCACACCUUUGUGGAGAUAGAGUACCAGUCCCUGCUUAGAAAUGUGCCCACAAGAUGGCUGAGCUUGUGUCCUGCAGUGAAGAGGCUUCACGACAGCUGGGCUCCUAUCAAGACCUACUUUCUCUCAUUGGGAGAGGACGGGUGCCCAAAGUCACUAUGGCGGCUGUUCAAGGAUGACCAGGAUGGUGAAGGCAACCCCCUGGAUCUACAGGUUUACCUGUCCUUCCUCAGCAAUGCGCUGAAGAUUUUCCACGACACUGUGCUGGUGCUGGAGCGAGAAGAUGGGACUGUCUGUGAGCGCUACGAUAUGAUGUUCACCCUAAAAACCAAGCUGCAGCUACGACAGAGUGAUGGUUUCUUUGGGGCCCAGACGGAUGUACUCCUCCAGCAGUUUCCAGACUUACAGGCAGCUGUGCUCAAAGAGGACAUGUGCAACUUCUACCAGUCCUCUCUCACCUACCUGGAGCAGCGCUAUGACUUCUCAGACUCCAACUACCAUAAGAAAUUGGCUAGCCUGGCACUAAAGAAGAGCCCAUUCAACUUCUCCCAUCUCUGUGAAGCUGUAGCGGUCCUGCAGCUAAACAAGAAGUUGGACAUGGAUGCGCUAUAUGAUGAGUAUUGUGUCGUUCUGCCACACCAACAGGCCAUCGUGCAGUCUGGAGCUCCAGCCGUGGAGAAGUGGGCCACCUUACUCAAGCACACACACACACACACACCAAACAUGACAGCAUUAGCUUCUUUCCUCUUGAGUGUACCAAUCACCAAUGCUUCAGUGGAGAGGGUCUUUUCACUGAUGACAGGAUGCUGGACGGACACAAGGAACAGAUGUUCGGUAAACCUCAUCAAGUCAGAAAUCCAGGUGAAGAGCAACUUCACAUUCAGUUGCAAGGACUUCUACACUUAUGUAGUGAAAGAGAAGGUUCUCCUCAAUGCUGCACGCUCCAACAAGAAAUACAAGUUCAAGAAAGUAGAAACCUAGUUAUGUAAGACCCCAUUUGUCUAAGAUGAAGAUUGAUGUGCAAAUGUGUCACUUUACGGAAACAGUAGCCUUUUAGGUCAAAAUAUGUCAUUGUUUUUCAUAGGAUUGUAUCUUGGCACCAUUUUGUAUUGUUGUAACCUUGUGAUGGUGAUGGGUUUGCACUCCUCUGUCUAUACUGGAAAACCAUUUGGAAGCUU